GUGCAGAAAGGCGCGUAAAAGCGACGACCAGGGUGGACGUAGAGCAGAGCAGCACCACACACACCAAAGCUCAAUUUGAACCGCCGCCAUCGUUCGACCUCAAGUUAACUCCACAACUCGGAGAUUCCCACCUCCAACGCAGAAACAAGAGAGCCUCCGACUCCCCCGGAUCUCCAUCAACUCCAAAAACCUCAACCCCGUUGACAACAAGUGCCGUCGACAUCGCACAACCGCUUCUGCACCGCUGACUCCUCGAUCCGGCUCCUCGACCCGCUUACCUACCUAGUUCCCGUACCCCUCGCUACCGCUUCAUGCCAAUGGCGAGUCCACAGUGGGUCAUCACCCAGGACAAGACAUUCAGAAAAUGGCUCAAUUCCAAGCUCGCAGUGAGGCAGUUGAAGCCCGUUGAAUCACUACAGACGGGUCUCAGUGAUGGUGUGGUCUUGAUCCACCUUCUAGAAAUCCUCGGCAACGAAUCGCUCGGAAAGUACGCCUCGAAUCCACGGCUGCGGGUGCAGAAGUGCGAAAAUGUACACAAAUCCCUCGAGUUUAUCAAAGGCCGCGGCAUCGGAUUGUACAACAUUGGCGCGGAGGAUAUCGUCGAUGGAAGUCUCAAGUUGAUCUUGGGCCUGAUAUGGACGUUGAUUCUCCGGUUCACCAUCACAGACAUCAACGCCGAAGGCUUGACUGCGAAGGAAGGUCUUUUGCUAUGGUGUAAACGGAAAACGGCCUGCUACCCGGGGGUGCAGGUGCGUGACUUCUCGGCGAGUUGGAACGACGGACUGGCAUUUUGCGCUUUGUUGGACAUCCAUCGCCCAGAUCUGAUCGACUUCGAUCAACUCGACAAGAGCGACCACAAGGGCAAUACCGCCCUUGCUUUCAAGAUCGCGAGUGAAGAGAUCGGUAUUCCAUCGCUGCUAGAUGUCGAGGACGUGUGCGACGUGCCGAAGCCCGACGAGAAGAGUAUGAUGACCUACAUCGCGUAUUGGUUCCAUGCCUUCUCGCACCUGGACAGGAUCGAGACUGCUGGACGGAGAGUCGAGAAGUUCGUCGAGGUCAUGCAGAGCGCGUGGGAGAUGCAACAUAAUUACGAGAAACGAAUGACGGAGCUUCUGAAGCAAAUCGACGAGACCCGGAAACAAUGGGAAGCAGCGACUUUUGAGGGCACCUAUGUGGACGCAAAGCAACAAUCGAUGAAGUUUGCCGAAUACAAGCGCACACUGAAGAGGACAUGGGUAGCCGAAAAGGCAGACCUCAUGUCGUUGCUAGGAAAUAUCAAGACGAAGCUCGGUACAUACGGUCUCAAGGAUUACACUCCACCCGCACAUCUCAGCCUUCCGAACCUAGACAGAGUGUGGACCAGCUUGAUGCAGGCCGAGAACAGGAGGAGUGUGCAGAUAAACCAGAAGAUCCGAGAAAUCAAAGAGUGGCUCAGGAAGCAAUUCUCCGAGGCGGCGAACGAGUUUGCCCUAUGCCUAAACACUGUAACUAUGGAGAUCAGUGGGUUGGCUGGCGAUCCGGAGCGCCAACUCAACAUCGUACGAAGCCUACACAGCAACGUCAUACCUCUGGAGCAAGAGCUGCAUCGCAUCAAGAAACUGGAUCAAGAUUGUGAGGAAGCUAAUGUUGAGGAGAAUGAUUACACUGUCCAUUCUUACGACGACCUGGAGUAUGAGUACGGACUCGCGAAGGGGAGUGUGACCAAGAAGCUGGGCUUUUUGGAGAAUCAGAUCGUUGCGCGAAACAUGACCAACCUCACGCCAAUACAGCUAGAGGAAUGGGAAUCUGUAUUCCGCCACUUUGAUCGUGAUCACUCCAAUACCCUCCAGGAACUGGAGUUUUCCGCUGCUCUGGCUUCCUUGGGUCUCGUAUACGAUGAAGAGGAGAUGCACGAGGUGUUCGAAGAUGUCAGUGAGGGCCGAACCCAGGUCACGUUCGAACAGUUCAUUCGCUUCAUGGUGGAAGAAACCGAGGACCAAAACUCGGCCGAGCAAGUCUACCAAAGUUUCAGAGAGGUGGCCGACGGCAAGGAGUACGUGACGGAGGUGGACCUACGACACAGUCUGAUUCCGGACUCUAUGAUCGAUGACUUGGUCAAGACGAUGCCAGCAAUAACACUUGAAAACGGAAGGCAAGGCUACGAUUAUGAGAAGUACAUGGAGUCGUUGAUGUCGGGGCCGACGAACGGCACAAAUGGCUCACAUCGCUGAACGCCUGGCCGCCUUUGUGUGGGAUUGGAUUGGGGUUAGGGGGGGCUUGGGGGAGUGAAGGGCAAUUCAAUUCGUUUCUGCGCAAUUUUGCAUGGCCUUUGGAGUGUAUCGAGCAUUGUAUUAGUCGUUCCGGGUGUUUGUGUUCCUUCCUCCCUUCCUCCUCCUCCGAGAUGAGGGUUACUGUGGAUGUGUAGAGUAACGAGCCUGUAAUAACUGGAGAGGAGAGCUUCGCAAUAUUGAUAUGGCUUGCCAUAGGGAUCUUUGCUAGUACAUAUCUCGUACUUCUUUAGUACCUAAUUUUUGGUGAUUAUGGAUGAUGGUACAUGUCUCGUGG